UAGCUCUUUUUCCGAGAUUAGUAAUCACUUUUGAUGAAAAUUUUGCUCAGAAAAUUAUCUUAUUGUUUCCUUAGCUUUUUAAAUUGUUAUUGAUUGAUCUAACCAUCAAUCUAAAUUAUAAUUCUUUUCAGUCUUCCUUAUUGAAUGAUCUGUUCUUCAAUUUAACAAUUUCAUCAUGGCAUCUGCAGGAGAUUGGUGUCUAAUUGAAAGUGAUCCAGGAGUUUUCACUGAACUAAUAAGAAGCUUUGGUGUUACCGGUAUCCAAGUCGAAGAAUUAUGGAGUUUAAAUGAGGAUAAUUUCGAACCACUCAAACCUAUUCAUGGACUUAUUUUCUUAUUUAAAUGGUUACCUGGAGAGGAGCCUUCUGGUAGCAUUGUACGAGACUCUAGAUUGGAAAAAAUGUUCUUUGCUAAACAAGUUAUCAACAAUGCAUGUGCUACACAAGCUAUUUUGAGUGUUCUACUAAAUUGCAGUCACUCAGAUGUUAGUCUGGGAGAAACUCUAUCUGAAUUUCGUGAGUUCAGCUCUUCAUUCGAUCCUGCUAUGAAAGGGCUUGCCUUAAGCAACUGUGACAAAAUUCGGGAAGUUCAUAAUUCAUUUGCUCGUCAACAAAUGUUUGAAUUUGACUUUAAAUCAUCAUCAAAAGAUGAAGAUGUUUUUCACUUUGUAGCAUAUAUACCAUUUGAAGGAAGGCUGUAUGAACUUGAUGGUUUAAAAGAUGGCCCAAUCGAUUUAGGUGUUAUCCCUGAAGGAUCUGAAUGGACUGAUGUUGCUAAACCUGUGAUUGAAAAGCGAAUUCAAAAGUAUAGUGAGGGCGAGAUACAUUUCAAUUUACUCGCACUUAUUAGUGAUCGAAAGAUGCUUUAUGAUCGUCAACUGGAAGAUCUUCAUAAGCAGUUAACGGAACCCAAUGCUGAUUCUGAUACAAUAAAUAUUAAAAUUAGUCAGCUUAAGAUACAAAUUGAAGAGGAAGAAGUGAAAAUGAGGCGUUAUAAGAUUGAAAACAUCCGUCGAAAGCACAACUAUUUGCCAUUGAUUGUUGAAGUACUAAAAGCUUUGGCUCAAGAAGGAAAAUUAAGUAAUCUAGUUACUAAAGCUAAAGAAAAAAGUAGUGCUACAAAGAAAAUUAAAGAGGAAGCUAAAUAAAAUUCUUCUGGAUUUCUUUUUAAGAAAUUUCGAGUUUGGAAUUACAAUUUUCUUUAAAAUCUUGCAGUUUCUUCUGUUGGUUAUCAACAAUUUCUUGUAAACAAUUGCUAAUUUAAAUGUUCAAAAUUGCAUUCAUUAGUUUAAAUUGUCCCUAAAUGAUUCCAUCAUGAUGAUGAAUGGUUGCAAAAGAGAUUCUUAAAUUUUUUACUAUGCAAAAGUUCAUAAAAACUAUUAAUAGUAUAUUUGAAUUUAA